AUGUCUGACACAAAGCAAAUGUUGAAAGAUAAAUUCCACAUGAAAGACCUAGGGAGGCUUUCAUAUUUCUUAGGUAUUGAUUUUAAGCAUUUGGUAAAGCUGCUGGAGAAAUUUGAAAUGUCUAAUUGCAAACCUCGUACUACCCCUCCAGAGCAAAAAUUAGAAUGUGACGGUGAAAAUCUUACUGAUCCUAGGAGGUAUCGUGAGCUUAUUGGUAGUUUGAUUUAUGCAACGACAUGCACUCGACCUGAUAUAUGUUGGAUAAUAACGACAUUAUCACAGUAUUUGUCGAGACCUCUUAAAGAACAUUGGAUUGCUGCUAAGCAUGUAUUGCGAUAUUUGAAGGGUACUCUUGAUUAUGAGUUGUGCUACAGGAAGUGUGAUGAUGAUCUUAGGUUGAUUGGUUAUAGCGAUGCUGAUUGGGCGUCUUCCACCCACGACAGACGAAGUAUUAGUGGGUACUGUUUUAGUUUAACUAAGACUGGGCCUUUGAUUUCUUGGAAAUCAAAGAAGCAAUGUACCGUUGCCCUUUCAUCCUGUGAGGCAGAAUAUAUGGCUUUAGCUGCAACAGUACAGGAAGCCUUAUACCUAGCGCAAUUAUUAGAUGAGAUUAUUGAAAUUUGUAGUCCAGUUCAGAUUUAUGACGACAAUCAGGGUAUGAUUGCUUUAUCUAAAGAUCCUGUCAAUCGUCAGAGAUCUAAACAUAUUGAUAUCCGAUAUCAUUUUAUUUGUUCCACCAUAAACGCAGGUAAGGUGAUUGUAAAUUAUUGUCCUACUACUGAUAUGAUAGCAGAUAUAAUGACAAAAGCAGCUCGACGUUGCAAAUUACAAAAAUUUAAAAACUUUAUAUUUGGCGUUUAA